AUGUCGCAGUCUCCAGAGCUUGCUACCCUUCUCAGGGCAGGCUCCGUCCUCCUUCACACGGAUUCUCAGCCCCAGGCCUCUGAUCUGAAAGCUGUCUUAUCCUCUAGGCUAGCACAGCACAGAGCCCUCAGAGGACUUCCUGAGCAUGACUACUCAAGUGCCUCGCAAGAUGAUCUUCAGCGGGCCACCGCACUGGAGGCCCUAUUCGUUGUCGAACGUGUUCAACAAAUCCUUGACUCCGAGGUCGUCCCUCUUCAAAAUCCCUCCUCCAGUCCUGCUUCUUCGGCAUCACCACGGAGGUACAACGAAAACACGCCAGGAGAAACACCCCUCAUUGGCACUCGAGACAUCUCUCAGCUCCGUACACUUCUCUCUAUCGCCUUUAAAUGGGGUAUCGAUCCUCUCCUGGCCCGCGUCCAGUCAGCUUGGCCAUCCAAGACAUCGCAAUCACAGCGGGAGGCCUCGCACUCUAGCCCCCGUAUCAUCGAUCUGACGGGCAUCCCCGAGGACUACACGUUUUUGAUUUCUAUGUUGAGACGCGCAAUGUCGCUUUUGUUCCCGCAAGGCGUGAACGGGAAAAUACCGCAGACGCUUAUCACCGCGGCUGUCCUGAAUCGUCACGUAACGGACCUGCUGGGCUCAGGCAUUGCUCUGGGUUGGAUUCCCAAGUCACUUGCUACGGCGGAUACGCCCGUAGUCGACGAAAUGAGGGCGUUUGUUAUGAAGUUGUUGUCAAUGCUUCCUCCUUCACAGACGAUCACCUCGUUAGGGUCAAUCUUGUCGAACAGAUCCACGCAUUUGGCGCCACAUAUCAAAAAGACUUGCUCCUCUUUACUGAGCAGACAGUUGCUGCGACCGGAAGGCGUUCGUGGGUUAUGUGCUGCUGUGUUCGGCGAAGGAGAAGGUGUGGACGAGGAUGCCUCUCUGGAGAAGUUGGAACAUGUCGCUCGGGUGUUAGGAACGCCCCCAGCAGCAAUGAAGCCUGAGGAAUAUUUUGACACCAUUGUAAAGCGUACGUUGUAUCUGAUCUCCUCAGAGGACAACGUUCCGGCGGUCUAUCGUCGUGCCGCUUCAUUCUCAUUAUCUCGAAUGCUCUCGACAUCCAACCCUCAUCAUACUCUCGUACGAGGUAUCCUCUUUCCCAUACUACACGCGCCUUUCCUUGAGUCGUCGGCGCCCAAAGCCAUCACCUCGUCGACCUCCGCAACGCGUUCACCUCCAUUAUUGUCCGCAUCCGCGGCACUUCGAACCAUCCAAACAUUCGUCACGAAUACCGAUCCGUCCCCGACUCUCAUAUCUACGCUUCUGUCGCCGGUGUUACCUUCCCUCUAUGCCCUGUUCGAGUCGUUGGAGCGUCACAAAACCGUGGAUCCAGCGCUUAGAGAGGGCGUACGUGGACUAUUGGCAACGUGGGGUCGGAUUGUCGAGUCGGAGGAAGGCGUUGCGGUGCUAUGGGCAUGCGUCGAGAACACAGGAAGCGAUUGGGCGAUUGAUAUUUCAGGAGAAAUGAGUGUCAUGGAGAGAACCGAGAAGGAGCCAUCGUUAUCAAUGCUCACUCCAGAGGAUCUGAAGAGGGCGGAAGAGACGGGUCAAAUGGAUGUGGACGCUAAUAUACUCGAUUUACGUCCGGAUCCCACAAUUUUUGUGCGAUACUUGAAGUCCUUGGACCGUGUGGACAUUUCUUCCGAAUUUUUCGUUCGGCUGUUGGAAGCUUAUCGAGAGAUUAAGUCAGACACGGAUUCUGAUCCUAUGAGAACGCUUCUGUACCUCCAGAUAAUCAUGCAGAUGCAGAUGAACAUGACGGGCGACGGCCAAUCCUUGGGAUCUGCCUCAAGUAUAUUCAGCAAGCCGGACCAUAUCCUUUCGUUUGUCCUGCACGCCUUGGAGUCUAGUGUGGCACCUACGCCACGGCCGACCGAGAGUCAGAAAACGGAGAGGAAGCGGGGACUUGGUAUAAGCGAUUUGAGGAUCGUUGAGGUGGAAGAGGAGGACGAUCUUGUUGAUGAAGCCGAUAGUGACGAUGAGGUCCCUGGUGUAGAAGGAGUACCUCCGGACGAGGAGAUGACCGCUACGGCGAUCAGUCUUCUUCUAUCUAUUCUUGAAGCGAACACGGAUGUAUCCACACAUAACACACCCAUUCUGCUCGAUAUACUAGCGCACAUAGAACGCCUCUCAACUCAUCAGUCCGAUGCUCUUCGUCCUUUAGCUCGAGAAGCCCGGAUGGUCCUCACUGUUCGCGAGGCUUCUACUUCGGACACGUCAUCUCGCCGUCGAGCCUCAGACAAUGAUCCCAGCAGCACCGUCCAACAUACCUAUCAGAAGGCGCUCAAGCUCCUCCAGGACCCCAUCCUCCCCGUGCGCGCUCACGGACUUCUCCUCCUCCGACAACUCGUUUUACAGGCAUCUUCUGAUAAUGCCAGGUCUUCAUCCGACUUGACGAAAGCAACUGUGUCCGCCGUUCGCCCGCUCGUACCAGCUAUCCUCGAUAUAUUUCUGCAAUCAGCUCAAGACGAUGACUCGUAUGUCUUCCUGAAUGCGGUUCAGGGCCUUUCGGCUCUCGUCGACGGAUACGGGCUCGAGGUCCUUCGUUCGCUCAUCCGAGUCUAUACAAGCGGAUUGGAAGGAUCCGGGGCAAGCGUUCUAUCCCAGACGGAGCUGGACACGAAGAUACGAGUGGGCGAAGCUUUAGGUCAGGUUAUAAGGAGAUAUGGGGAUGCUCUGGCCCUCUAUGCGGACGUGCUUGUCCCUUCAUUCUUCGCUGUCGUAAGAGCAGAGCAUUUGCCGACGACACUCAGGACUUCGUCUCUGUCUCUGCUAUCACAAUGCGCUGAAACUAAUGACACCACCCUCAUCCCAUACGCGAUCGAUCUCUCCGAAGCGAUGUUGGACCUCUUGCAGUUAGAGAGCGUCCAAGAAAAUCCUGUGGCGCCAUCCGCCACACGCACGACGCCACAACCCGCCGAUUAUCAUGAAUCCCCUGUGCCGUCGUCAGAAGCCAAGAAAGGACCACAACCUACUGAAAAGGCCACACCAGAGCCGACCAUGGACUCUCACCCGACUGCGCGGAACUCCAAAUUUCCGCCUCUUCGGCGAGCAGCACUGCACUUCCUCGCCCAGCUCGUUCGCGCGUAUACUGUCAAAGCGUACGAUGAUAAUUCGACUUUCCAGGCCAGUGGACGGUCUUUUCCCAUUCGACGAGCGAAAACUACGCUGGGAUAUGUUGCUGCGACGGACGUGGAUUCGAUUGUGCGGGUCAUGGCCAGGGAGGUGAAUGAAGCGGUGCAGGCUUUGGAGAAGGCUCUCAUGGGGCUUUGA